AUGGAGGGCUGGCUGGAGAAACGGGGCGCCGCGGCCGAGUACACUUGGCAGCGCCGCUGGUGCGUGUUGGACCCAAGCGGCUUCCACUAUUACGCGGACAGUGAGAAGCAGCAGCUGAAAGGGCAGCUGCCGUUGGGGCCAGGCGCGAAGGCCAUUCGCUUUGCGAACCUCCGAGCGCCAGGUGAGUCCAUCAAGCAUCGGAAAGAAAAGCCACAUGGCUUUGCUCUGGAUCUGAACCCGGCCGCGGGUAAGCAGCGCCAGAUCUGCUACUUCGAUGCCGAGUCUGCGGAGACUCUCACGGAGUGGCUGUCUGCCAUCGAAGGAUGGGUGCAAACUGCCAUGUGGAAGCCUGGUGACUUAGUGCAGGUUCGGGAGGCCUUCGACUCGGACUCCGAGGACCGAGCACAUUUGGAGCUUGGCACGUAUGGCAUCGUGGUAGAGGUUGACGCACAAGGGGACACCUUUGUCGACUUCUGCUCCCACAAUGCGCGGCAGUGGGUCUUUAAGAAGAACCAGCACAAGAUUCAAGCGGUUCCCGAUGGGCUGAAAGACGUGUACUUGGAGAUCGUGCCACAGAACGACCUGAUCAACCACUGGGCCCUGCAGAUUGGCGAUGACCGCAUCUUCCGCUGCUACGAGUUCGAGGCGGAUGGCAUCUGCAUGGGUCGCACCACUGCGCUGGACAAGGGCUACCCCAUCACCAAGCAGCUUCUUCAGGGCCGCACGUCGCAGAGCCACGGCGCCAUCGCCGCCUGGAGCCGAAGAUUCGGGGAGGCCAACAGCUACGACGCCGCUGGGAACGGGCUCUUCGGGGGCAAGAACUGCCAGGACUUCGUGGUGGAGCUCUGCGGCUUCCUGGAGAUCGAUGUUGAGCAGCUUCCGUUCCGGCAAGCUGAGAAGGUGAAGACCAUGCUGGGCGCCGGUGCGCUGGUGGCGGCAGAUGCAGCCCUGGGCACGGGGCUCCUGGCGGGCGCCAUGGACGUGGGCGCCGCGGGCUUCGCCGCGGCCGCGGGGGCGGCGAUGAGCCCCGCGGUGAUGGCCACGGCCGCGGUGGUGACGGUGGUGGCGGGCACAGGCAUGCUGGUGACUGAGUCUGCUCGGGGUCAAAGCUGGAUGUAA